ACAGAAAAUAGUCUGACCCGCACAGCGCUUCAUUACUCCCGUUAGGAUCCCGGAUACUUCUGUAUGUUGGGCAUUAAUAAUUAAGGAUAUUUGGAAAAUGUUGAGGUACUGGACUCGCUAACGUAGGUCUGAAAUACUUCUCUUGCUUGUUGAAAUAUUGUUAGUUUAUCAGCUUACUAAACAACAACCGUGCUGACUAGUGGUUAACGGUAAAAACUGUUGUAACUCUUAGAAACUAUUAGUGCUCUUUAUAAAGGUACUUUGUAAAUUUGCGACGCCUCCAGCAUCCGGAGGAAGUUUUAAACUCGAGGAUUCCCGUGAAAGUUAUCCAGAGGUUGUGUCGACCGGUGGGGCUAUCGGGUGAAAGGUGACAUCGCUUCUGUCUACUGACUUGGAGAAUGCACAAUGCAGCGAGUGUCUCAGCCUCUCUGGGAUCCGUGGGACUGCUGCGUCUCUUCGGGGUGUCCUGGUCCUGGAGCCUGGCAGCAGGCCUUGGGGUAUAUCUGGGGACAAAAAGCUGGAAAUACUUCUACAUUGCAGCACGGACUGCCAAACGAGACCUCAAUGGCCUAUAUGUGCUGUUGAGGGUGAAGCUGGCUCUAUGGCGAUACAUGCGCAGUGGAAGUAACAUUCCUUCAAUAUUUGCCCAGACGGUCAAACAUCACCCGAACAAACCAGCACUGAUCUAUGAGGCCACCGGGGAGACGUGGACCUUCACCCAGCUAGACGAGAUCUCCAAUGCAGUUGCACAUUGGGCACGAGGUCAGGGAUGGGUAUCUGGAGAUGUGGUUGCUCUCUUCAUGGAAAGCAGGCCUUUACAGGUGGCGCUUUGGCUUGGCUUGUCUAAAGUUGGGGUGGAGGCUGCACUUAUCAACUUCAACCUCCGCCAUGAUUCCCUCCUGCACUGUGUUGGAGUGUCAGGGUCACGGGCUAUAGUGUUUGGAGCUGAGCUUUCUGAUGCCAUGUUGGAGGUCAGUUCAUCCUUCAGCCAGUCCAUGGUACGGUUCUGCACAGGAGACGUCAGUGCAGAACACCUGGUGCGUCUGGAUGCUCAACAUCUGGACCCAAUUUUGGCCUCUGGGUCCAGACAUCCCCCAUCACCAUGUGUUCCUCCAAAAGGCAUGAACGAUCGUCUGUUUUAUAUUUACACCUCAGGCACCACAGGGCUGCCCAAGGCUGCCAUUGUGGUUCACAGUCGUUACUACAGAAUCGCAGCUUUUGGGUUUUUUGCCUUUGGCAUGCGCAAGGAUGACAUCAUCUAUGACUGCCUGCCUCUCUAUCACUCAGCAGGUGGUAUCAUGGGAGUGGGUCAGUGUCUGAUCCAUGGUCUCACUGUGGUGGUGAAGAAGAAAUUCUCAGCGAGCCGCUUCUGGGAAGAUUGCAUUAAGCACAACUGCACUGUGGUUCAGUACAUCGGGGAAAUCUGCCGCUACCUCUUGUCUCAGCCAGAUCGGCCAUCUGAAAAAGGCCACAAAGUUCGACUGGCAGUGGGGAACGGGUUGCGGCCCAGUGUGUGGGAGGCUUUCACAGAAAGGUUUGGGGUUAAGCAGAUUGGCGAGUUCUACGGAGCAACUGAGUGCAACUGUAGCAUUGCCAACAUGGAUGGAAAGGUGGGAGCGUGUGGAUUCAACAGUCGCAUUCUCCCCUUUGUGUACCCUAUCCGUCUGGUGAGGGUGGACGAGGACAGCAUGGAGCUGCUUCGUGACAGCCGAGGCCUCUGUAUACCAUGUCGUCCUGGGGAACCAGGACUUCUGGUGGGCCGUAUCAACCAGCAGGACCCAUUACGGCGGUUUGAUGGCUAUGCCAAUCAGGAUGCUACCAGGAAGAAGAUAGCUCACAAUGUCUUCAAGAAAAAUGAUUCUGCAUACAUAUCAGGUGACGUGUUGGUGAUGGAUGACCUGGGCUACAUGUACUUCCGUGACCGCGGUGGAGACACAUUCCGCUGGAGAGGAGAAAAUGUCUCCACUACUGAAGUGGAGGGCAUUCUCAGCAGCCUCCUGGGUCAGACUGACGUGGCCGUGUAUGGCGUGGCAGUGCCAGGUGUGGAAGGCAAGGCCGGCAUGGCUGCCAUUGCAGAUACUACAGGGAGUUUUGACUUUGAUGGUUUCCUGCAGAAAGUCCAGCGAGCUCUUCCUCCAUAUGCUCGCCCGGUGUUCCUGCGAAUCUCCCCACAUGUAGACACAACAGGUACAUUCAAAAUCCAGAAAACAAGGUUGCAGAGGGAAGGAUAUGACCCUCGUCUCACCACAGACCAGAUCUACUUUUUGAAUACCCGAGCUGCACGUUACGAGGGCAUAGAUGAGGAGCUAUACAAUGCUUUAGCAGAGGGAAGAAUGUCUCUAUGACAUGGAGGCUUUAGCAAUGAGAGAUUAACACAUGCAAGAGCUGAUGUUUGGAUCAGCCAGUCAUGGUGCACCAGCUGCCUGCUUUUGAACCGUUCAGGGAACAGAGUUGAGAUGACUACUUACAUAGGCAGAGCAUUGUUAAAGAUGAAGUUAUAACACUGUAUGAGUAACACACCAGGACAUAACGUGAAGGCUUCUUUUAAUAACUUCUUUUUUAACUGUUAAAUGAACACCUCAAAAAGCCUUUGAGCAUCACCACACAUCAGGUGGGUUUCUUUUACAACCCAUUUUAAAUUGCAUACAUGUUACAAAAAGUUGGUUAGGACAGCAAGGGACAGUAUCAAGACAACUGUUACAGGGUUUAACCCAUGUAUGAAAUAUGCUGCAAGAAUAUUCUUUAUAGAUUUAAGCAAUACUUGAGUGUGAAGUUAAGGAGUUACUGCUGUUUUUGACUGUGGCAGUACAGGACCAGAUUAUACCAUGCAAAACAUGUGGCUGUUAGGUCAAACACUAACCAUAGAGUCUUUUUAAUACAAUCUAAAACUAAUCAUAUCUGAGCCUGUGACUAGAAAUGAUCCAGGUUUUUCAGAUACACAAAAAGCUGUUGCUAUAUGUGCCUUACAUGAAGCUAAAAAUGUUUUUCUUUUUGGAACAAGCUCAACAGAAUGUGGAAGUUGUGAUUUUGUGUCAUGCAAAGCUGAGUCAAACAUAGUGACUGUUAUUUUUCUGUAAUAAAAUUAAAUCACGUUCAGGUUGUGAUAUUUAGUUUAUGUAAGGGUAUUUACAAUUCCUGAUCUCAGAUUUCUUUUAACUCAAAUUAAAUAUUUUAAAACA